AUGUCAAAAAUGAUACACAUAUUGUUACUGGUUAUGUGUUUGGUGACCAUUAUUACUGGUCACAGAGAUCAUGGUAUGCAUAGUGGGUUGAAAGAAGAUUUGGAAUUGGAGAGGCAAUUAAACAUCCUUAACAAGCCUCCUAUAAAGAGUAUUCAUACAAAGUCAGGAUAUAUAAUUGAUUGUGUUGACAUUAACAAACAACCUGCUUUUAAUCAUCCUUUGUUAAAAAAUCACAAAUUACAGAGAAAACCAAUUUUUGAAAGAAACAUUAGUGAAACUAGAGAUCAGAAUUCACGAAUCAAGUCAAAAUUCAUAUUUGAAAAAGUUAGGUGUCCCGAAGAAACUGUUCAUAUUCGGAGGACAACGAAAAAUGAUUUAAUUCAAACAAAAUCUUUAUUCAAUAUUCAUAAUCAAACUCAAAAUGAAUCUCUUAAUCAUUUUGCUCGUGUGUAUCUUUCAAGAAUUGGUGCUCCUUAUUAUGGAGUAAAUGGAACUACUAGUGUUUGGAAUCCAAAUGUUUAUAAAGGUCAAUCAAGCGCAAGUCAUUUAUAUGUUAAAAGAGGAGAAGGAGAUAACAUUGACAAAAUCUCAAUAGGAUGGCAUGUGUUUUCCGAAUUAUAUAAUGACAACCAAACACAUUUAUAUUUGUUUUGGAUGUCAAGUAAAAAUGGAUGCUUUAAUAUGUUAUGCAAAGGUUUUAUUCAAGUUGAUAGAUCAUACACUUUUGGUGCACGUAUAUCUGUAACAUCUAUUUUUGGCGGAACCAUAAUGGAAACGCCACUUCAAAUUGCACAGGAUAAAGGAGGCAAUUGGUGGUUAAAUGUGUUAAAUAAGGAUGUUGGAUACUUUCCUGCAGCUUUAUUCUCCUCAUUCAACGGAGCUGAUCAAGUGGGAUUUGGUGGUUAUACUGUAACUCCUGCGGUUACUGAUAGCCCUGCAAUGGGUUCCGGACAGAAACCUGAUGGUGACUUCACUCAUGCAUCUUAUUUUAGGUUUUUGAAAUUUUUGGAUAAAAUUCAAAACCAUUUUGAUCCUCUACCAUUUAUGGUAGGAAUAGACAAUGAUACUCCUAAUUGUUAUGGUGUUACGAACUAUGAAGAUAGAAAAAGAAGUAAUGGAUAUUCCAUUCAAUUUGGAGGGCCGGGUGGUAAAUGUAGUAAUUAA